UAGAAUAAUAUAAGUAGUUAUACUAUGCCUCUAGGUCUUGCUUUUUUUGCCUUAGGUGUGGAUGAGAGGAAUGCUAAGCCGCCGCAGAUGGCUCCUGCUCCGAUGUCCAUCCACAAUCAGCCGCACAGAGUACCCACCCAUUGCGUCGUCGGUGGCGCACAUGCGUUUAUACUUAAGGUGUCAAGUUUCUUCGGCCUGGCGCCGCUCCAUUUCGAAUCUAACGAAAACGGAUUUACAGUGACUGUAUCGAAUGCCAUGUGCAUCUACAGCUUCACAUUAGUCAGCAUUCUGAUGAUAUCGACGGUGUGCGGUCUGGUGGCGGAGAUUAACGUGGGUGUGGAGCGGUCGGUGCGGAUGUCGUCGCGGAUGUCGCAGGUGGUGUCCGCGUGUGAUGUGCUCGUAGUUGUGGCAUCGGCUGCGGUGGGGGUCUACGGCGCGCCCGCGAGGAUGAGGAGCAUGCUCAAGUUUAUAGACAAAGUGUCAGCGGUGGACAAUAGCAUCUCAGCGCAAUACUCAGCAGUGACGGAGCGAAAGCUAUGCGCCUUGUUGGCUUCCAUACUCAUAUUCUUCACGGUACUCCUCGUGGACGACUUCUGCUUCUACGUUUUGCAGGCGAAGAAGAUCGAAAGACACUGGGAAGUGGUGGUGAACUAUCUGGGGUUCUACCUGCUGUGGUACGUGGUGAUGAUCCAGGAGCUACAGUUCGCGUUCACGGCGUUGUCCAUAUACGCGCGGUUCAGGGCGCUCAACGACACACUAGCUGUCACUGCAAGGAAGGUCAGCGUGCCGUAUGAAGAGAAAGCCAGAAGACCGACACCGUUAAACAUAUUUGCGAUACGUGUGAGCCCGUCGAACAUUCAGCAGGUGGAAGAUGUUAGCUUGCUGAUGGAUACCAUGCCUAAGAAACAUCACACUGUCAUAGUUCGUAAAAAUGGGGGCGGGGAGGCGCGGCUGGUGGUGCCUGUGUGCGAGGCGGUGGCGGCGCUGGCUGGGUUGCACGGCACGCUGUGCGAGGUGAUUCACCGCGUGGAUGCGAGCUAUGGAGCGCCGCUUGUAGUCAUACUCAUCUCUACGUUGCUGCAUCUGAUUGUGACGCCGUACUUUCUUAUCAUGGAGUUUAUUUUAUCGCGCACACACCGAGUACAUUUCCUGGUGCUGCAGUUCCUAUGGUGUGCCACACACAUGCUCAGAAUGUUCAUCGUAGUUGAACCUUCGCACUACACUAUCGUCGAGGGCAUGCGCACCGAAGGCCUAGUGUGUCGCCUGAUGACGCACGCGGCGGGGGCGGGCGGGGGGGCGCUGCCGGCGCGCGUGGAGCUGUUCUCCCGGCAGCUGGUGCUGCGCUCCGUGGGCUACUCCCCGAUGGGCAUGUGCGUGCUGGACCGGCCGCUGGUGGCCUCGAUAUUGGGUGCAGUCACCACAUAUCUGGUGAUAGUGAUACAGUUUCAGAGAUACGAUGUGUGAAAAACAUAACAUUAAUGGCAUCUCCUGACAGAAUAUACUCCAAACACGAACUGAAUUUGAAUUCAAACAUACGGUGCUUAAAUGUUGUCAAACAUCAUACAGUCAUUGUAAUGAGAAUGAAGAAACACUGAACCUCCUUGUGGUCAAUGGUCUUAAAAUAGAUAAGUAAAUGUGUCCUGAACAACGUGGUAUUGUAUAUAUGAGCCGUCACGGGACGCCUGGCAGAUGUGAAAUACGGUUUACGAUAAAUACACUCGGAGAAUUGCUUGGGAUGCGUGCGGUAAAAAAUGACAUAGUUCCUUCCUCGGAGGGCGCUGGAACUGUACUGAUCAGGGUCCGAUUUUUAAAAAUCGGGAGGCGUUAUAGAAAAAAACAGUAGAUGGAUGGAAAGAGCUAGAGAUAGACAGUAGAUACAGAGGCGUACUUUUUGCCAUUUUCAUCCCCCACCCCCUCCUAGAAUUGGUAAAUCAAAUCAUGAUAAAGACCAGUAACGAAUGUGUUUCUGUGGCUUCUGCCGCCCCUUAAAGCUAGUUUUUUAGACAAUAACAUCUAUUAUAAAAUUAAUAAGGUUACCUACAUUAUUACUGGCCGAAAAUGCAUCUCAACAUGCAAUUUAAAAAAGAAAAUCGUAUUCUAAGAAAAACUGUAGAACUGGAGAAAUUUCAGAAAACACAGGAGAUCUCCUGUAAAAUCUGGAGACCUGGGAACACUGGUACUGAUCGGCGAGCGUUAUCCAUUGCCAAUAAAUUAAAAAAAAAACGGCGAGCGUCGCUUCGCCAGAGAUCGGUUGGAAGUGCGCCCAAAGAUGUUCCACAUUAAAGAGCUUGUGCGUCUCGGGACGCACGACAGAAGUGAUAACUUAUGCUAAUCUAAGCGGCGCUGCGUGUUAGGCCGUAUACAGAAAGAAAGCCGAAAGCCGAUCGGCGCCGAUAAGCGCCGACACGCGCUGGUCCGAAUAAUAAAUAAUUUGUAUUUGAAUUAUUAUCCUUAGAUUAAAUCAAUCUAAGUUAUAAUCUUUUUAUAAAUCUAAUAACUUCAUCUUUUAUUAACUAAGCGCUAAAAUUAUUUGCUUCGUACUUACCGAAUGGUGACAACAAGUCUUUCUUCUGGAAGGAUUGGUUGUUUAUGCCAAUUGCCCCAAUUUUUCAUCAAACGGUUUUUCACUAAAUCCAAAAUGUAAUAAAAUGUUUCUUGAAUCAUUCUUGUAUAUGUAUAAAAUCUUUGUUCAUCAAAUUUUUUUUUUUUUUUACAAAUAAAUGAUGGUAUUCUCCGAAACGUUUCCUUUCUCUAUUUAUAGGAUGUAUAGCUGUUUUUCGCAUUUUUAAAUAAACAUUUUCUAACAAAACCAAAUCAUCGUCCGAUGAGUCCGACAUUUUGCUUGAUCUGCUUUAAUCGGCUUCCUUUAUGUAGGAAGGAUCGGCGCCGAUAAGCGCCGAUCGGCUUUCGGCUUUCUUUCUGUAUACGGCCUUAGAGUGAGAGAGGACGAGCCUACCGACCGCUUCCGUAUGCGUGGGAGGAAGGGAAGCCGGACAGACUGGCGCCGUAACGCGUUACGUAACGAAGCGGUUAACCCUCCCAUAAGAAGUUAUCACUGCAAAUUGCAGUUUUCGAUUCAAAUGAAAGAACCUAGUCAACACUGUGAAUCUUUCUAAGUAGUCAUAAAUAUAUCGUUAAGUAAAUUGCAUUUUUAAUUUAUUUAUUGUACCUAAUAAAAAUAUUGUGAAAAAA